UGUGACCUUUCCCGGUGUGUUGUGGAAUAUUGUGUGGCCUGUGGCCUUGGUCCGCGGAGAUGCUUCAAAGCCUUAUUAAGAAUGUCUGGGUCCCAAUGAAGCCCUACUAUGCCCAGGUUUACCAGGAAAUUUGGGUAGGACUGGGGCUAAUGACCUUCACCCUUUAUAAAAUCAGGAGUGCUGACAAAAGAAGUAAAACUUUGAAAGGCUCCAGCCCUGCACCUGCCCAUGGCCAUCAUUAACCGCUCCAUGUGUCCAC